AUGGAGUAUGUUUACUUCCCAUUGGAAAAGGCACUCUUGGAGAAUUUCCAGUCUUAUCCAGACAGUGUUAAAGACUCUGUUGCUACUUUAGAGAUAAGUUUGAACAUUGAUGGCGUUCCUUUGUUCAAAAGUUCACAAAGUAGUUUAUGGCCAGUUCUCUGUGGUAUUAUGAACCUUACCCCAGUUAGAAUAUUCCCAAUUGCUUUAACAUAUGGGAAGUCAAAACCUAAGAAUUUAGAUUUUCUUCAUGACACUGUGAGAGAUCUGAAUAUGGUGUUAAAGCAAGGCUUAAGUUGCGGUUCAAAGGUUCUUAAAGUUUCUCUCAGGUGUGCUGUCUGUGAUGCACCUGCAAAAGCAUUUGUUAAAGUAGUCUAGGACCUGUAUAUGAGUUUGUAUGCAUUUCAUUUAGGACAGAUAAUCUCAAAUGUUUUGGGCAAGUUGACCAUGACGGUCAGCAUGGUAACGUUGCCCGAACCCCAAUCCGGGGCGAAACGUCCGAAACUGACCACACCCAAAAACGACGCUUUCGCCAUACUGCUUAAGUUUUAAGAUUUUGAGUUGAAGGUUUUCAAAGGAAAACCUAUUUUUGAAUGAGCUGUACAUAAAUUAUAUAUUUUCUGAAGGUCUUAAACAGUUUUUAUACCAUUUUCCCCAGCCAAUUCCAGUUUUUUUCUAAUGGACCGUAUCACUAAUCAAGUUUUCAGUUCAUAAAAUCACAAUGUUACAGCUAGAUGUUGAUAUAUAGCCAGUAUAGCUAACCAAUCAGAAUGCAGUAUUGGCUAAACCCACUUCAUAAUUAAUCGAAUAUAAUUUUUUUUCGAAUGUUAUAGAACGUUGCCAGGAUUGUAUAAAAGGAUGAUAUUUGAUAGAUCAUUUGGUAGAUCAAGUAAUUUUUAAUGUUGUGCAUAUUCUUUCCUUAUAUACUAAUGUAUUUAUUAAUAGUUCUUAAAGUUUAUGUAAAUAGUUAAUGUGAAGUCAUUUAACAUUUUGUGUCAAUAAAUAUUUAGAAAAAUUUAUGUUUACUUUAUUUUAAUAUUCUUAACAACCGCGUUUAUUACACAACAAUCAUUUCCCGUUUUAAUUUCCUUUCUCGAAUUUGCCGACGUAGUCAGAAAAUUCGCGAAAGAAUAUUAAAGUACGCAAUGGUUCUGGUACAAUUAAGCUGUGUUAAGCUACGUGUACACACAGGGAUUAUAAUCUGGCCAAUUUAAGGUUUUAACGAAUGCUGCCAUUUUUUUCAAAUAUCAUAUAGUUAAAGCUGAAUCGGCCGACAAAUCAUGUGUGUAAACGUACCUUGAUGCUUUCGUUAAGUCGUAACGUUCCCACAACGUUUUUACCACAUUUUCACAAAGUUAAAAUUGGACGUCCUUAUAACGUGUUAGAAACGUUUUGACAACGUUCAAGUUACGUUCUCGCUACGUUAGCUACAACGUUGCGAUAACGUUUUCUGCUGUCUACAAAUUUUCGUUGUCACAACGUUGUCCCAGAACGUUCAUAUAACGUAAGUCCAACGUUUCCACGACGUUUUUAAAACGUAAUUGUGUUAGCUGGGAAGAGCUCAAGAGAUGGGGUAUCAUCUUCACAUGCUUAGCCUCUCAAGCAGUCAAUUCAAUGAACACAGACUCAUUCUUAAAUGUGUUAAGAAGAUUUAUUAGUUGACGUGGCAACAUACGCGAAUUACGAUCAGACCAAGGCACAAAUUUCAUUGGUGGAAGAAACAAAUUGACAACAGCACUCGAAAGCCUCGACACGAUGCUAUCAAAGGAUUCCUCUCCAACAAAGGCUGCGAUUGGAUCAAAUUUACGAUGAACGUGCCCUCGGCUUCUCUCAUGGGAGGUGCUUGGGAAAGACUUAUUCGUACUGUGUGCUCUGUGCUUUCAACACUUUUGUUUAACCAUGGAACACAACUCGACGAUGACUCGUUAAGAACCCUGAUGACAGAGAGCAUGGUGAACAAUCGUCCAUUGACGGUGUGUAGCUUGUCAGAGCCGGGAAUGCUGGAGCCGCUCAUGCCAAACCACCUGCUAACAUGUAAAUCUGAGAUAAUCCUACAGCCACCAGGCGACUUUACGAGACCAGACCUCUACAGUUGCAAGAGAUGGAGAAGAGUACAAUAUUUGACCAAUCAGUUUUGGCAAAGAUGGCGAAAAGAAUACAGCAACAUGCUACAGUGCGAAAAAAAAAAGUGUACACGUCAGCGCAGGAAUAGCAGAGUAGGGGAUAUUGUCAUCGUGCGUGACGACGAUCUUGCCAGAAAUAACUGGCCACUCGGAAAAGUCGUAGAAGUCGAUCCCAGCGACGACGACCUCGUACGCAAAGUACGAAUCCUUGUAAGUCAUGGAAGUAAAUUGAGUCAUUUGGACCGACCAGUGCAUAAAUUGGUUCUUAUCAUUGCACAAGAUGGUGAAAAAGAGAACAUUUGA